AAUGAACAGCUAACUAUAGUUUUUUUUUAUUUCCUAUCCGUCAACAUUACACUUUAAACAUUUUCUUGGGGCACCAAAUACAGGUGGCUUAAAGCUUAAAAUAAUAAGUAAUCCCCAAGACUAUCGGCUCUAUGUUUGAGACUUCAAGCAAAGGUAGCUUCAUACAUGCACAUGGCAAGGGAGUAGAGGUUGAUGAUAAAUCUCCACUAAUUAUCUUGAAUCAGAAAAACAAAGAUGGAAGACUGCUCGGUUUUCAAGAUUGAAGAAACCAGCAUUAAAGAAAUCCACCACGCAUUUGCUCCGCAAGAAAACUAGUCGACUUUUACCUUCACCAAAUCGAAACCCUAAAUCCGCUGCUUCGCGGGAUUAUCGAGGUAAACCCGGAGGCAGCUGAUGAGGCUGACCGAAACAGAGUUGACAGUAGUGAAACUGGAAGCUUUUUAGGGGAGUUACAUGGAAUCCCAGUGCUUCUUAAGGAUACAUUUGGGACAAAGGAUAAGUUGAAUACUACUGCGGGUUCAUAUGCUCUGCUGGGAUCUGAUUCUGAAGUGAGGCGAGAUGCUGGAGUGGUGGAGAAAUUGAGAAAUGCAGGUGCUAUUAUUUUGGGAAAAGCUAGUAUGAUUGAAUGGUACGAGUUUCGUUCUCUCAGUGGAGUUCCUAAUGGCUGGUGUGCUCGAUCUGGACAAGGAGUGAAUCCAUAUUGCCCGUCUGGAUCACCAUGUGGAUCAAGUAGUGGCUGUGCAAUAUCUGUUGCUGCAAAUAUGGCAGCAGUCUCUCUUGGGACUGAAACUCACUGCUCCAUCAUCUGUCCAGCGGAUCAUAACUCAGUUGUACGGCUGAAACCUACUGUUGGGCUCACAAGUUGGGCAGGGAUCAUACCAAUGACGCCCCACUGGGACACUGUUGGGCCUAUAUGCAGGAAUGUUACAGAUGCAGUUUACAUGCUUGAUGUAAUUGUUGGAUCAGAUCCAAGAGAUGAAGUCACCACGGAAGCAGCUAAAUAUAUUCCUGAGGGUGGCUACAAACAGUUUCUCGUGGAAGACGGUCUAAAAGGGAAGUGAAUAGGCAUUGUCAGACACCCAUUUGUGUAAAUGAUACAUGGAGCAAUCGAAAAAUCAGCUUUUGAGCAUCACCUAGAUUUGUUAAGACAAGAAGGAGCAGUUCUGGUAGACAACCUGAGCAUACCACAUAUUGAAGAGAUUAUGGAUUCAAAUCACAGCGGUGAAGCGUUGGUGAUGAUGGUUGAAUUCAAGAGCUCAAUCAAUGCUUACCUGAAAGAGUUGAUUACUUCUCCUGUCAGGUCAUUGGCCGACAUUAUCGCUUUUAAUGAACACAACUCUGAGUUGGAACAACUUGCUGAGUUUGACCAACAUACUUUUGUAGAAGCCGAGAAGACAGACGGAUAUGGAGAAGAAGAGAAGAAAGUUGUGGAGAAGUUGAAAAACUUUUCACAAAAUGGAUUUGAGAAAAUGAUGAACCACCAUGAGCUUGAUGCAAUGGUCGUGCCUCUCCCGUUUUUGCAAUAGGUGGCCCCAGCAAUAACCAUUCCAGCAGGGUAUGAAAGUGAUGGCAUGCCAUUUGGCAUCUGUUUUGGAGGUUUGAAGGGUACUGAACCAAAGCUGAUUGAAAUUGCCUAUGCCUUUGAGCAAUCUAGCAAAGUUCGACGACCUCCUUCUGUAAUUUAAUAUUGCUUUACCCUGAAGAUCGAGUAUAUUUGGAAUGAAGAAAGCAAAGAACGUUGCUUGCUGCUGAAUGUGGAGCUAAUGGUGCAAUGUUGAACUAAUAGAAUAGAAUGCUUUUAUUUACUGCACAAUGCUAAAUCUCUUAGUCGUAGUCAAAACAGUUUCUUCAAGUUUGACUAGCUGAGCUAAAUAGUUUCCUUCUUUUUUCCCCCCAAUUUCAGAGACAUUGUUUCUCACUUAAUUGUUCUCUUCUGAUCCCCUGUUGAGGAUUUUUUUUUUUUAUUAUUUUUAUUCUUCUAUACCCAUUCUUUAUUAUGACUAGAUUUCAUUCUCUGUUUCAGAAUAAUAGCACCCAGCUGAAUUAUUCCUUUUGUUGAUUAAUUCAAGAAAGAAUAAGGCACAGGAUCUAAUUAGUCGAUCUAAAAUAUACCUCCAUAUAAGGAGACAGUUGCCGGAUACUGCCGGCAUAAAUUACUCAAUAGAGAUUUUAAAGAGCCUGUGGACUCAAAUAUCAUAAAUAAUUUGGAGAGUGAAGUGCAAUUAGAUCCACUUUUUAGGUGGUCUGCUUGCCAUGAAUGUUUAUUCUUUGUCCGCAUUACUUACUCUUACGGCCAUAUCACUUUUUGGAUGGUCGUAUAUUGAUAUUUGCCAUGCAUUCUCGAUUAAAGAAGCUAGCAUUACCGAUCUGCACCUUGCUUUUAGCCAAAACCAGCUUACAUCGAGGCAGCUCGUGGAGUUCUACCUCGGAGAAAUUUCACGGCUUAAUCCCGUUCUCAAAAGUGUCAUUGAGAUAAAUCCCGAUGCACUCUUGGAAGCUGACAGGGCUGACAAAGAGAGGAACGAGUCAGCAAGCUCUUUGUCAAUGUUGCGUGGUGUUCCAAUCCUUCUUAAGGAUAACAUUGCAACAAAAGAUAAGCUUAACACUACAGCUGGAUCAUUUUCAUUACUGGGAUCAGUGAUACCCCGUGACGCGGGUGUAGUGACAAAGCUGAGAAGAGCUGGUGCGAUUGUACUAGGGAAAGCUAGCCUCAGUGAGUGGGCUCACUCUCGAACGCUAAAGGCGCCCAAUGGCUGGAGCCCUAGAGGUGGACAAGGAAAGAAUCCUUACGUUCUCUCCACGGACCCUUGUGGCUCGAGUAGUGGAUCAGCAAUAUCAGUGGCAGCAAACAUGGUAUCUGUGUCAAUAGGGACAGAGACCCGUGGUUCAAUCUUAUGCCCGGCCAGUUCCAAUGCAGUUGUAGGCAUCAAACCAACCGUUGGACUCACUAGUCGAGCAGGGGUCAUCCCAGUUACACCUAGACAAGACACUGUUGGGUACACACAUUCUAAAUCCACAUCCGUUAAUUUGAUACUUCUUCUGAAUGAUACCAAUACAACAAUACUAACUUGUCAUAUGCGUUGGUUGAACAGGCCAAUUGGCAGAACAGUAGCAGAUGCUGUUCAUGUUCUUGAUGCCAUCGUAGGCUUUGACCACAAUGACGCAGCUGCAACUGCUGCAGCAGCUAAAUUCAUUCCUCGUGGUGGUUAUACUCAAUUUCUGAAAGUAGAUGGCCUUAACAGCAAGCGAAUUGGAAUAGUGAGAGACCCCUUCUUCAAUUUCACUAAUAAUCCUGCCCUCGCUCAAGCUUUUGAGAAACAUCUCCAAACACUAAGGCUACAAGGUGCAGUCUUGGUAGACAAUGUGAUGAUAGCCAACCUUGAGACAAUUUUAGACUUUAAUCUGAGUGGUGAAGCAUCAGCAGUAUUGGCUGAAUUCAAGAUAGCCUUAAAUGUUUAUCUAAAAGAGCUAAUCGAUUCCCCUGUUCGAUCCUUAUCAGAUAUAAUAAUCUUCAAUCAAAAAAAUCCCGAACUGGAGAUGCUAAAGGAAUUUGGUCAAGAUAUAUUUUUGGCAGCUGAAUCUACAAAUGGAAUUGGGGAAACAGAAUUGAAAGCUUUGAAGAAUUUGUCAAGAUUAACAAGAAAUGGAUUCCAAAAGUUGAUGAAAAAGUAUAAGUUGGAUGCAUUGGUUACUGCUGGCUCUAGUGUUGCUGCAGUUCUUGCAAUUGGUGGAUUUCCAGCAAUUAGUGUGCCAGCUGCUUAUGACAAAGGGGUGCCUAUUGGCACUUGUUUUAGUGGGUUGAAAGGCUCAGAGCCUAAAUUAAUUGAAAUUGCCUAUGGCUUUGAGCAAGCAACUCUAAUUAGAAAGCCUCCUACAUUUUUGCCCUAAAAAUGUACUACUAUUAGAAAAAUAUGUACUAUGUUCCUUUUGUUUGCUGUGUGCAUUUCUUAUUUGAAAUAUAGAGAGGCAUGUAACUCAAUCUUAA